AUGAUUAAGGGUAAAGAUUUGAAAGUUGAACAAGAACUGCAAAGUGGAAAUGAAGUGAGAAUGGAGGAGAUGAUGGCGGUUAUUAACCCUAAUAAUUCUGAUGCUAUGGAGGUAGAUCAUCAUCUUGGUGAGAAAGAUCUAUGGCUUGAUGAUGGAGAGCAAGAAAAUCUACUUGAUUUGAAUGAUACAACAAUUUUCUACAAUGAUUUUCCGCCUCUUCCGGAUUUUCCGUGCAUGUCAUCUUCAUCGUCUUCGUCCUCGACUCAAGAGCCCAAAAAAACCAUCACCAUUACCGCCAUGACGUCGUCUUCCUCCGCCUCGUCCGCAUCUCUGGCGGAUUCUUUUGCGGUUUUGAAGUCCGAUGCGGAGGAAGAUACUUAUGGGAGGGGAAAAUUCCACAAGUGUGAUCAGUUGAAACCGGAGCCCACCGCUUUGUCCUCUACCGCCUCCAUGGAUAUUCCUCCGCCUUCUGAUGACGCCAUAGGUGAUGUUGAUUGCAUUAAUGUUAUGGAGAAUUUUGGGUACAUGGAUCUGAUUGAUAAUAACGAAAUUUGGGACCCAUCUACUGUUUUUCAAAGUGAAAACCCUCAGGAGUAUUUGGAAAACCAGCAGGUGGCGGCAGGGGUGGUGGCGCCGCCGCUCGAAGGGUCACAACAUGUUCAGAAGAAGCAGAAUCAAGAAGAAGAAAAUGAAGGGUUCAGUUUCUUACAGGGAAAUAGUGAACUUGCCAUGAUAUUUUUCGAGUGGUUGAAGCACAAUAAAGAUCAUAUUUCUGCUGAAGAUAUGAGGAAUAUAAAACUGAAGCGUUCCACCAUUGAAAGUGCUUCGAAGCGUUUGGGUAGUAAUAAAGAGGGGAAGAAACAGCUUUUGAAACUUAUACUGGAGUGGGUUGAGCAAUACCAGCUUCAGAAAAAACGGCUGAGCGGCAGCGGAGGUGGCGCUGGCCCCCAAUCACCUUACCAGCAAUAUCAAGAACCUGAUUUCGAUCCAAACCCUAACUCCAAUUUUAAUUACAAUUCUGUUUCUUCUGAUCCCAAUGCUUGUUUUUCUUCCUCCCCUUGGAUUGCUGCGCCGCCGCCUCCUCCACCACUGCCUUAUGUCCAGGAUUCCUCCGCGACUAUGGUUGCAGCACCGCCAACUCUUAUACCACCACCGUCUUCCUCCUCCUAUGGCGAUCCUUAUUCGAAUGGGGUUCCUGUUCCUAUUCCCCUUUCUGUUAAUCCACCUGCGAAUCAAGUUAUUAAUGGAAUUCCAUAUCCAUGUCCAGCGGACUAUCAAAUGAUGGAACAUGCUCAAUCCUGGCCUUCAUCUCAAUUUCCCAUUUCAUCGACUCAGUACAAUCCUUUCCUUGAAAAUGGCUAUAUUCCACAAGGAAUCCCUCAGCACCAAGCUGUGUAUAACAGAAACCCGUAUCAGAUUUUUGAUACGAAUGGUGAAAGAUUAGUGAGAUUGGACUCUUCUGCAACUAAAGAAGCCAGGAAGAAGAGAAUGGCCCGCCAAAAGAGGCUCUACCCGCACCAUCACCGCCACCAAAAUCAGCAUCAUAAUCAAACCAACGUCGAUCAACAUGCGGUGGAUGGCAGAGAAAAUGUCAGUCAGGGUAGUUCCUCAGCUAAUUGGAUGUACUGGUCUCCACCCCACAUCUCUUCUCCUUCAACUGGUGGGAUGCUCCCUUCUUCUGAUGCAUCUCAAGGGCAUACUGCCGGUCGUCCCUCUUCGCAGCAGCAAAGUUAUCAGAGGCAAGCUUCUUCAAAUCGGAUGCUGCAGCAGCAGCAGCAGAGUUGGAAGACAGAAAAGAACCUGAAAUUUUUGCUGCAGAAAGUUUUAAAGCAAAGUGAUGUUGGUAAUCUGGGAAGGAUUGUGUUGCCAAAAAAAGAAGCAGAAACCCAUCUUCCAGAACUGGAAUCUAGGGAUGGAAUUUCAAUCUCCAUGGAAGACAUUGGAUCUUCUCGUGUUUGGAAUAUGCGCUAUAGGUUUUGGCCAAACAACAAAAGUAGAAUGUAUCUUCUUGAAAACACAGGAGAUUUUGUUAGAGUGAAUGGACUUCAAGAAGGAGAUUUUAUAGUGAUCUACUCAGACACAAAAUGUGGCAAAUAUAUGAUACGGGGAGUGAAGGUACGACAGCCUGGAGCGAAAUUAGAAGGCAAGAAACCUGCAAGGCGAAACAUGCGCAAUUUUAGCGGUGCUGGUCAUGGACCGUCGUCACUUGCAUUUACCAAACGAGCAGUGCGAUGA